UUCCUGUUUACAGUAAUUAAAGUAAGGAACUUCAGUGAUUGAUCUAAAUACUCAUGUUGCUUAUUUUUGAAACAAUUCACAAUUCAUUUAUCUAAAAGCAUUAAUAUAAUUGAAAUAUAAGAAUGACUUGGUUUAUUCCUUCAAUUAACGGUAACUUUCAUUACUCACUAUAUUGCUAAAAUAGAUUUUGCAGAUUAAUACAUUUCCAAUAAUUUCAAGUCAUUACAGCAUAUGACAGCCAUUGGCUUAGUCUAUAAUAACAGAAAAUCUAACGGUACAUGUCUCUUAGCAACAUACGUUCCAGGAACCCUUAAAUCUGACCGCUUCCUUGUUUGGUUUGAAUUCUAGGACUUGAAGAUUGAUUUUGCGGUUGUUGAUGGCGAAUACUUGCUUAAAUUUCCUGAGCCUUUACAGAGCCUGGGUCCAUUACUCUGUGGCAAUAUUGAGCCUUACAUUGUCAAUGGACCAAUUCAUCAGCUAGUUUUUGUCUGGAAAAUUGUGAUUGACACAUGAAAAGGCUUCAAGCAAUGAUCAAAUAUUGAUAUUGCAGAAGCCAAUGUUGUAGUUUGUGAAGAAAAUGACAUUCAUGCCUUUGAUGACCUUGCAUAAAUAUGGUCACAGAUAAUUGAUCUUAUUGUAACCUAUAUACAGUAAGUUUUCUUGGGUAAAUGGACUUUAGCAGUUUGAUAUUUCUUGACAAACAUACAUAAAAUGUAAUUACAUUGUAUCAACCCUUAGCGUGGUUAGAUCUCUUGUUAUAGUGAUUGAGUUACGGAACUAAAAUUAAACCCAUAUUUCUUGUCACGAAAUAUAUUGAGAGGUAAUUUGUGUGCUUGUGGCAAAAGAUUUUUUUUUUAAAUUGUGUAAUUACAUGUACCUCGAUCAUAAGAAUGGUGUGUAUAUGUAAAGCCCACAUUUAUGUGCGUUAAAAUUAAGGACAUUUUAAUAAAAAAGAAAGUAUCUUGUAGAUUGUAAACACCGCUGAGUGAAACCUCUGAUUGGGUACACACAGAUGUCGAUACACACCUGGCCCCUGGGAAGCUUGUGAUCAAACCAGCGACACAAUGACAAAAACAUUGACCUUGACCUCCGGCGACCCAACUCAUUGCACCAAGACAAAAAUCAUGCGCAAAUCUUGCCGAAAAUCCUGUCAGUACAAGCCUGGCAAGUGGGGGCAGUGUAAUCCAUCCACAGGCCUUGUGGAGCGACAGGAUCGACUGAAACCCAACAGCGCCAAGUUCUGUGCACAGUACCGAAUGCUGACCAAAAAGUGCAAAAAGAUUAAAAAGAGAAAUUCCUGUAAGUACAAGAUCGGACAAUGGGGACCAUGUGACCCAGCAUCUAAGAAAAGAACCAAAGUUUUGACCUUAAUCAAGGGCAAUGCCAACAAAUGUAAACCAGUGAAAGAGAUUCAGAGAUUGUGUAUCCGACCAGACGGCAGUGAUCGAUGUUUCUUUGGUCAGUGGAAGGCGUGGGAGGGAUGUCAGAACGGAGUCCAAAAACGACAGCGAGAGGUCCUCCAAGGGGGCGAAGAUUGCCAAAUACGGGCCGUCAGAGUGCAGCCCUGUUAGUACGAGCCAGUAACUGUGGAAGAGAACACUGGACUUAUCCAGCUUGAACACUGAGACAUGGAGCUGUUAGUGUGGAGUGUUUAUGAUGAUUGAGGGUCUCCAAGAUAACUUGUCUGUUAGUAUGUCACAUAAAGGGGCAUUAGCUGUGAAAGUGAUAGGGCAACCAUUUUUUUUCUUCUUCAAAAUAUCUCAGUGGCAUGGGGAUAUAUAUUAUAACUAAUAAAAACAUCUAUUUUGUACAAAAGCAAGAAAAACUGUUUGAUAACCACUUUUAGUGAAAAGAAAUAUAUAAGGAAGAAUUCUACAAUUACCUAUAUCAUCAAAAUUGCAUAAUGAAUGCAAAUAUAAUUGCUUUGAGAGUAAAAAGUGUUCGAAAUCAUGAAAUACUGGUGUUAUUACUGAAAUAUAUAAGAUGGGGACAAUUUUCCUUGAAUUCAGUUUUUGGUGACGACAGUUAAUGCUCCUUUAAAGGGCCCAUCGUGUGUUCUUAUGUACAGGGUACAUGAUCACAAUAACUAUAUUCUCAUGUGUACAAUAUUCAGAUUUUUGUCAACAAUAUUGACAUAUACACAAUUAUAAUUCACUCUGUUGUGUUCAGUGUAAGUGAGAUGUGAGAUUUAUAAAGACUUCAUUAGUUAUGUUUAUAGACAUGUAUAGGUAUUCUAUAUACACAUUAUGGUAGUUGGUAUGUUUUUUAUAUUCCCAGAAUUGAAUCAUCUGAGUAUAAGUAGAUUUAGUCUGUCUGUCUGUCUUUACACCGGCUAAAACUUUUGAACUAUCAUGCUCAGUAUCUAUGUGAGAGGAUUACAUCUAUAUUUAGUGGAUGCAAUCAAGACUUUUCCUAUGACAAUAUAAUGUUUGAUAAUGUUAUGACCUUGACUUAGCUUUGACCCACUCAUUUAAAUCUUGAGCAUUGUCUGCAACUUUGACUUGAGAUAAAAUGAGAUAGGGCUCUGAUAUACAGUGAGUCUGUUGUGUGUAUACGAGUCAUUUCUGCUAGGACCAUAUUGUAUGAUCUUGUGACCUUUACUUAAAUUUAACAAAAACUUCAACUUAAUUUUGAACUUUUAAAGUUUGUGAUCUUCAGCUCAGUGCUUAGAAUGUCAGUAUAUCUUUUUGUAUGCUGAAAAGAAAUCUUUCAUCAUGCCAAAUUACUGACAGUUUUAAACACAGAGGAGUGUAUUGUGUCUAUACAGAGACUAAAAUUAAAACCUUAUAUGCAUCAUUUGAAUACUGUAUAGCCAUUAGUUUAUCUAAUUUUCUAAAAAAAAAAAAAAAAAAAAAAAGACUAUUCUGUUUUAAAGGAGGAUGUGCAAACAAGCCUCGCUCAUUAAUCUAAUCUUUCAGCCAUGUAUGAGGAAGUUUUUAUUUCGAGGGGUUAAGAUAACAUUUUAUGAUUGUGAAGGACUGCAUGCUCCUCGUCUUAGGAUCUGUAAAGUUGUAGAUUGGAUAGCAAGGUCACCAUGAAAUUAUGCAAGAAAAUGAAAGAUCAGGGUGUUGUGGCAUUUGUCUGUUACUAACAUGGGGUAUGAGGAACUGGUUCCAUGUGUUUCCUUUUACAAGCAUCUGAAUAUAAGGAGGAAAGACAAUUUAAUUUUACUAUUUAUGAAGCUGCUUUUAAAGUUACUUAAGGUAUUGAAUUCAUACCAAAUAAUAUCAGCUAUUAAAUCAUGUAAUAAUUACACCCAUGUUUGUAUUGCAAAUACAGGUACAUGUAUCAAAUUGAUUUCAUUUACAAAAAUUGAGAAUAAAAAACAUUUGCAAAUCAAUGUGUUUCAACCAAAAUCUUUUGUUUUUCUCUUCAAAUUUGCAGAUGAAAUGAAUAUUUAAAUUUCAUAUUAGCAGCACCUAUUGACUUUAUUCAUUUGAAAUUGAGGCAAUUUAAGUUUCAAUAUAAGUUUUAUAUUCAAUAUUGUCACAUACAGAAAUACAAUUACAUUUUUAAAACAGAAAGCAGAGAGGGCCAUGGUAUAGUACUAUGUGUUAGUGUGAAAUUUGAAAUGUAAAAAAUGUUUUUAGUUUAGAAAGUUUACAAUUGACUAUAAAUGUUAAGAUUUUUCAUACAGGUUUAUAUUUCAUGAAAAUUAAACUAAAAAUAUUUCUUAACUGAAAAUUUGAAUUAUUUC